GUCGCAGAUCAUGGCAAUGUCGCGCAGCAUCCUUCUGCUAACGCUCAGCGCCACCACCGUCCUAGCCUGCGAGAACGGUGUGGUCUGGGAUCCGGAUGAUCAGGCGGCGUUUCAAGCAACCUUGAUGGGAGGGUCAAUCGGAGGCAUCGUACUGGCACUCCUCAUGAUUAUUGUGGCGUCCUUGCCACUUUGCUGUGGUGUGAUGAAGCAAUUUGGCAAGGUCUUGGCCGCUUUCGCCAUCAUCCUGGGUCUCGUUUCCUUGGUGAUCCCAUUCCUCGCCAACAUGGGAGCAUGUGGCCCUUUUGCGGAGCAGGUGUGCGAGGAUAUCGAAAUGUGCCCGGGCUAUACGUGCGACAAGGAGGGUAUGGAAGCUGCGUGCAACAUUGUGGCGUUCUUUGUGGUAUACAUUGGCGCCUUCGGAUGGGCAGCGUGCGUGUUGGGCAUUGUGGCUUCCAGCCUCGGAUGCUGCGUGUGCUGCGGAUGCUGCAAAGCCAAUAUGAACGAUGGCCCCAAGCCUGCUGCCGGUCCAACGGUGGUGGUCGGAGCUGUUCAACAGGCCGCUUGA